CUUGCAUUUACAUGACCAGAAUCUCCCAAGGCAGCCACUCGAUUGGACAACUGACCAUGUUUGCCAAUGGCUCCAUGGACUUCAACUCAAUAGGGACAAGUUACCAGGAUACAUCGAAGCUUUCAAAAAAGGGGACAUUUAUGGAGAAGUACUCACUACACUAUCAGUUGCUGGUGAAGAGGGCAGGAUUACCCUAGGUGUCUCCCCCAGGGAUUGGGCAAAGAUUGUCUCCAAUAUAGAAGAACUGUUUGCUGACGAAGAGCCAACUUCAGAACCAGAAAAUUUUAGUGCUUUUGCUUUACAUGCUCAGCGCUACCCACCCCAGCUGCAGGAACCUCCCCAGCAACAUUACCCAUUACGGUAUCCAUACCACAUCACACCAACUACAUAUAUUGGUGCUACUGCUUCUAAUGACACUAUUUCAGGAUAUAGCGAGAAUACAGCAACACUGACUCACACCAUAAGUCCUUUAACAUCUGCUGACGAAAUAUGGGAUUCAGUUAUGGAAAGUGUAGAUCACUUUAAAACUAGUGCCAGAGCGUACUGUUUGGUUGUUUACAAUGACCAACAAGAUGAUUCUGCUCACAUAGAAGCACUUGCAGAUGUCGCUUGGACUAAAGUCUUUGACUUUGAUCCAAACAGCCGUGAAUCUUGCACCUUUUCACGCUGUGAAGUUCCUCUACGAAACCAAAGAAGUUUGUACAUCACCACUUGUCGAGAUAAUGCAAAAAGCCUUCAUGACAAAGCAACAGAAUGGUUCUUUCCUAUAGAUGAUCUUAAUGUAGGAGAGAGAGAGUGGAAAAAGUCUGUUGGCGAAAUAAUAAAUUCUCACAUUGAAAAGCUAGCUGAUUUCUGCUGUCGAAGGAGGCCUUUGACAGUGGUUGUGAUGUGGUACGGAUCCUACAAGUGCCUUCCCCAUCUGAAUCGUCUCCUUGACAAAAUGGAUGAAAGGAUCACAGAUGGUGUGAAAUUCGUUUUCUGUCUCAGAGAAAAGCCAAAUGAUGAAACCACUUUGCAAAAGUUCAAUGAGAUGUGCUCGGAGCUUGAAGUGAGUGAUGCCGACAUUCACAUUGUACCACUUGCAACCAUGUGUCAGCAAUUACAACAUCAAGCGAGUAACAAAAUCCCCUCUAGAACUAGAUACAUGCUUCCUGCCCUUACAGAGAGGGUUCUGACUAAGGUAGAAAUUGAGCAAAAAGAUGUCGCUUGGUUGGCAGAGGAACUGGAUGUUUUGUAUUUAGAGCAGGACCAUUCAGUUUCUUUCCAGGGAAAUAGAAAUGAUCUUGGAAGAGAAUUCUACCACGGGGGUACCAUUUCCUGGUUUGAACUCCAGUUAGGAACAUAUGCUGUGGACAGGGACAUUCAAUUUGCACUUGAGGCAAGCAUCAAAACUGUCCUCAAUCGUCGCAAAUCUGCCAUAAAGACCCUGUAUCAUGCCCCUGGCGCUGGUGGCACCACAUUGGCCAGAAGGGUUCUGUGGGACAUACAUCUGGAAAAGAUUUGCCCUUGUGCUUUUGUCACAUCCUUGGCACAUGACAAUGAUGCUAUACAUAAAAGAAUCAAAUGGUUGCACAACAAAACCAGUCUUCCUGUUUUUGUCGUUGAAGACAGUCGGAUCUCAAAGACAGAGUCAAGGUUGAUAAGGGAAACGUUUGAAACAUGCAGGCAGUUCACUCCAUUGGUCAUUCUUGAUGUACAAAGAUAUUCUUCCAAGAUAGACAAAGAUAAAGAGGGUGACAGGUUCUGGCUGAAAGGAGAGGUAAGCAUUCCUGAAGCAAUAAGACUAACUGAAGUGUUCUCAAGAAAUUGCCCGGAAAAGAAAGAUGAUUUCGAAAAACUAGUUGAUGAUGCAAAGGCACACAAAAACCCACGUGUCUUUGAGUUCGGUCUGACAGCUUUUGAGUAUGAGUUUCGUGGUGUUCAGUCAUAUGUUUCUGGCUAUCUGAAACUAGAUGGUCACUUCAAUUUGUUGAAGGACUUAUCAGAUUGGAGAUUAGCUGUAGGUUUCUUGUCUCUGACCUACUACUAUGGCCAAGCUGCAAUACCAGGCCAAUUCUUUGCCAACAUCUUAGGCAUUAGGAAGAAAGAUACAGUUGAUUUUGGCAGCCUGCCAUUUGAGGCUAAGAAGUUCAUAAACAAAGAAGAUGGCAACUAUUGGAGAAUUUCUAUCCAUGCAUUAGCUAAGGAGAUCUUAGAGCAGAUUCUUUGCCCUGUACCACACAGCAGGGAGUCAAAUGUGAGACUAAGUUCAUCAGCUACAAAAUGUCUUAAAGAGUUUACAGCAAUGUUCAUCAUAGAGGCUGGAAGUGGAAAGGAACGGUUGUGCCAAGACCUUAUCAAUGUGGUGAUAGCAACCUUCUUUUCAAGAGACAACAAUGAAAUUUUGAUGAUUGGUAGAACAAAACGACAUCUGUCUUCACUUAUACUUGACAUUCCAUCUCAGCGGCCUCUUUACACAGAGAGGUAUGCCAUAUUCCAACUUCUAGUAGAAUACUUUCCUCGAAACCCUCACUGCCUUGCACACCUUGCACGGUUUUGUGCAUUAGUACGUGAAGAAUACCCGGUUGCAAAGAAGUAUAUUGAGAAAGCAAUACAGAUUCGUGAAGAAGAAAGACAGCAGUACCAUCAUUAUAUGGCUGCAUCAUUUGAGGAAGGUAUUGAGGAAGACAGUCAGGGUGCAGACACUCCUUUGAGUCGUAUUUAUAACAUGAAGGGAUGUAUUUACCAAGCUGAAAUGUCCAGCAACAUAGGGCGCCUUGGCAGUGUUGCGACUUGUGAAGAACAUAUAGAUGUUAAUGAAGUCAUCACAGAAGCAGUAGCACUUGCAAAGACAGCAUCUACAGCUUUUGCCAAGUGCAGGGAGUACUACAAGAAAGGCCACGAAGAUUCGUUUGGCUAUGUCCCCGACAUCAAAUUGCGGCUGAAACUCAUUGAGUUUAUCAAAAAGAACUUUGGUGAUUAUGAAACAUAUGUUGGGUCUGAAAGUGCAGAUGAGUACAUAAAAGACUUGCUGUGGGAAGUAGAUUCUCUGAUCAGGGAGUGUUAUGAGAAAGUUUUUACACUUCCUCAGGAAUUUCAUACAUCUGUUGACUGGUACUGCCUUCUUUGUAAAGAUGCUGCACUAGCAAUCCAAAACUGGACAGAUGUGUCGUCCAUACGGGGUAGAAGAGGGAAGCUAGCAGCAUACAGAAUGCUCAACCAAAGUAGAUCAGCUGUCAAAAACAUCUGGUACUGGGACAACAUGAGAAAAUCUGACAUAGAAGACAUUAUUACUCUCUAUGAGCAAAAUUUCCAGGAAGUAUUUGAGAAAGGCCUUGAUUACAACCUUGACAAUGACAUGAAAGACUGGUUGUUAGCAAUUAGGCAUGAACUAAUUGAAAGGCCCUACACCAUUGAGGAAGUCCUUCUUAGGGUGAGGCAGUGGUAUGACAGGCGUAAGUCACCGUAUUCUGUAUACUACUUGUAUGUUCUAACAGCUGUCCUAGCUAUCGGUACAAAGGGUCAAACUGGGUCAAGAGGGAGCUUUGCCGAAAUGAAGCGGCUUCAGCCUUUACUGAAACGAGCUUCUCUAAGCAUUGGCAGGCCUAAACUGUGCCGUGAGUAUGUUACUUCAUCCAGCUGUGGAAUAAAACGUCUUGGCCACAAUCAAGAACAUAGGAACUGGGACCCCGACUCACGUAAUUGGAAGUUCAAAGGAGAGCUAGACAGUUUCACUGGAACCAUACGAGAAUGCCACUCUAAUGCUAAAGGUACCAUUGAAAUGGACAUGGGAAGGGUCGCAGACUUUGAUUGCAUUAAGGUGUUUUUCGUGCCAGCUGCUUCAGGCUUCUGGGAUAGAAGAUAUGUGAAUACCCGUGUUCAGUUCUUGCUUGGGUUUAGCUUCGAGUCUGGCCCUGAGGCAUUUAAUGUGACAGAGCUAAAACGAUUUAAAUGCACAACAUGUGGAAAAACUAAUGAAAGGGCAACAGAUGAUGCAGUACCAUUUGUCUACUGUAGCUGUGGCUUCCCAAUAAAUGUAAGAAGGCAAGUUGAUGAUUAUGCACAUGCUUAUUCAUAUUGAAGACUUAGUACAUUAUAAUUGUUCAUUGUAUAUAUAAUCUAACCAUUAUGAAAGGGACAAUGAACAAUCAACCUACUAAAUACUAAAUGUGAUUCUAUUGUUAUUUCAUCUGCUUAUCUUAUUAAUCUAAUCUGUUAAGAGAAACAUUGUCAACAUUUUCAAUAUAUCUUAUCACAUUCAAAGUGAUCAGUGUUGCCUGCAUUCAACCUUUUGGAAAUAUCAGAGAAUUAUGGUUUAUUAUGAUGGAUUAUUUAAGCAAGUACUUAACUUUCUAUCUAUUAUACACCUCUGUAUGUGCCUUGUAAGGCCUACGUCACAUUUCCAAAACGGGGCCCGGCCGGGAUGUUUUAAGAAAUGAAAAAUUAAAUUGUAUCCCUAGAAAUAUACACAAAUCAUGUCCACGAAUCUUAUUUUGACAUUUUGUGUAUUUUGAUGUCUGUCAUAUCAGUCUUUUCGCUCACGAAAUCUGCUCGAACGGGCCCCGGUUUGGAAAUGUGACCUAAGCCUAAAAUAACUCCAGUACAAUGUAGCAUGCUCAUCAAGUAUGUUUUGAGAUGGCAUGGUAGACAAAUCAUUUCAGUAACACAGUGAACAUUACAAUGUAACUCUUGCAGAACAUACAUUGUAAUAUAAUAGCAUAUAUGCAUAUAUGCUGAAUUCUUGAUUAUCAACAUUGCGUUGUUAUGCAUAAACAUGUAUUUUAUAAUGUUGUUAUAUUAUUAUAGAAAUGAUGAGAGAACCUAGAUUGUUA